CGUAGGUAUGAAAUAAAAAGAAGUUACGAUUGCCCUUUAAUUUUCCGGGUCAGCUCGAAUUUCGUAAGAGUUUUCCUGAGUUUCUGGUAAAUACAGUUAUAGUUUAUUUAAGAAAAUUUAGCUUACGCGUUCCGUUACUUGUGCGUCGCUUUGUUCGAGGCUCCGGGAACCUCGGAUCUUUUUUCUUUGUUCCGCGGCCGCUCGGCCCUAUUCGGUUCUUGUCGUUCCGCGGAAGAAUGGACGAGGCAGCCUCGGCCACGAAGGCACUCGGGUUGGAUGAACCGCCCAUCGGUGGGUCGGUGGAGGGAGUGGGCUCGGAUACGGAGUCGGAGGCCGAAGUCGCUCCGAUGUCUGUGAUAGCGGAACCUCGAAACAUUGACAUGAGAGCCGAGCACCUCCCGAACUCAGACGAGGCCGAAGCGGCAUUCGCAGAGGUGGCUGCAGUGACCGUGGCGGAUGUUCAGGCUGCAGAGGACAAUGUUUUCACCACCACAGUAGCUACAUCAACAAGCCUUCCUGAGCACGUUCUGAGUGGCAGGACCACUCUGCAGCUGGGCGAAGGGCUCAGUACCCAGAAGGCCACCCUGAUUGUGGUUCACACUGAUGGCAGCAUUGUGGAAGCAACGGGCCUCAAAUCUGCCACCACCAUCACAUCCGGCCCUCAGACUCCACCCACUCCUCUGACUCCGCUGCAGGACAAAGACUCUUGCUCCAAAUACAACUGGGACCCAUCGGUGUACAACAACGAGCUACCGGUCCGCUGCAGGAAUACGAGCGGAGUCCUGUACAAGAACCGGCUGGGAUCAGGGGGUAAAGGUCGUUGUAUCAAACACAACCAGCAGUGGUUUGCUCCGACUGAAUUUGAAGCUUUGGCGGGAAGAGCGAGCAGCAAAGACUGGAAGAGGAGCAUCAGAUACGCUGGCCGACCUCUACUCUGCCUCAUACAGGAGCAUAUCCUGAACCCUCAUGCUGCUUCCUGUACCUGUGCCGCCUGCUGUGAUGACCUGACACAUUCACCAAAGGAUGGAGACUCUGUGACACCAGAAAAUAUCACCAUGACCGGCCCUGUCCGUCUCUUUGUUCCUUACAAAAGACGGAAGAAGGACAACGAGCUCCCAGUUGUUCCAGUCAAGAAGGAUCUCAGCCCCCUGAAGAAUAUCCAGCUGACUCCAGGAACCACAUUCACGGUGUCCCCGUCGGGGCAGUUUGCUACCUCCAGCACAUUGACCUUUGACCGUACGCCAACAAGCGAUGCCGCUUCGGCCACCAUCAUCUCAGACGGGUCAGCACAGAGCGACAUGUUCACCAGCACCACAGUGCUGACAGCGCUGCCAGCUCUGGCUGUUGCUCCUCAGCCCAUCCAAGCCAAAGUAGCAGUGGCCUCCGCGGCAUCGUCACCGUCGGCAACGCUGGUAGCGGGGCUGGAAGUGGCGCCUGUAGGGGACGCAUGUUCGGCUGCGAAUGAAGGAGAAAAGAACACCUGGAUAUACCUGGAGGAACUGGCAAACACGCUGAUGAGCAACGUGCAGCAGCUGAAGGCCCUGAUAGAACAGGCCAAAAACGGUGCUGGGGAGCCAGCAGGGGUCAAAGGUCAGGGGGGCAGGAAGGAGUGUGGGCUGGGUCAGCCGUUCCAGAACCAGAUCUCGUUUCAACAGCCAGAUGACUCUGAAGCCAAAAGGAGCUCGGACAUCACAGAGAUCAUCAUCAACGAAAUGUGUGUGAACUGUGGCCGAAUGGCGAUGAGCGAGUGUACAGGAUGUCACAAAGUCAAUUACUGCUCCACAUUCUGCCAGAGGAAGGACUGGAAGGAUCACCAGCAUUUAUGCUGUCAGUCAUCAGGGGGCGUCGCUGUUCCGGAGGAGGAGCCAAUCACAGCCAUCGACAUGGACAAAGUGAAAUGAAGGUGGAGCUAGCUGCACUGCUGCUUCUCCUCUCCUCUUCUGCUGCUCCGGAUGCAACAGUUACAACAGUUACUCCGAUCACUUAAUCACAUUAUCAACUAGUGCUCAUGAGAGGAACUGCAUCUGAGCAAACUGAACAAUAGUUAAAGUUUAGUAGAUAACUAUAAUUUUGGAGCUCAGUACUUGGUAUACCAUGCUGUGUGUUAAAAUAGUCAAAUCAAACUCUGAGUAUUACUAGAUGUCUAUUUUUUUAUUGUUGGAUUUUUAUUCAAUAUCACAAUGCUUUUAUUUAGGGCCUUUCCUGAGAGACAGAGUUCACUCUGCUAACUUGUUGCCAUUUUGGCUCUUAAUGAAAAUAUUUGUUUCUGUACCACCAGGCCUGGUAAAAUGAGAAUGAGACACAUCAAAGAUAAAUGUUCUCUCACAUAUGUUACAGUAGCCAUGUGCUGAAAACUGAAAACAUAAUAAUCUUAAAUGAGGACAAAAACGUCUUUGUCACAGGUUUGUGUAUGUUUUUUUCUCUUUUCUUUCUCCUAAAAUAUUUUUAUAUCAUUAAAUCAAGUUUGUUUGCAAAGCACAUUUCAGUAACAAGGCGGUUCAAAAUGCAUAUGUUACGACCAGCUCAAGGUCAUAACAAAAACAGGAGACCAUGCAGUGGUUAAAGUGCAUAAAAAGGAAUAUUUAUCAACAAAAACAACAAUGGAUUGUGGAUGUCAGUGUCAGUGGUGUAAUGCAAAUGCCUGGAUGUGUUGUAUGAGUGCAUAUGGAAGUGUUGAAGUGCAAAAACAAAGACAAACUCAAAUGUGCAAAAGGAGGGGAGCUGAAGCCUGGCAGCAGAGCACCACAAGCGUCAAGAGAAGAGUGGACGCUGAAGGUGACCCAGAAGGUGGAGAUGGCCAGGUUUAAAUGCUCUGUGCUCCAAAUGAACAAAUCAGCAGCACCUGUAAAAGGGAGGAGCACAAAGACAGACAAGAAAUCUGCAACCCAGCCCAAAAGGCCCAAGGCCGUAACAACAUAAUACAUUGCAGCGGCAAAAUGAAGAGAAUUAGUAAAAAGUUGCAAUCUAGACAAGAAUUGAUCUAUGUUCAUGGUUUUAUUAUUCAUACUGUAUUUUAAUUGGGUUUUGAUAUAUAUAUAAUUUUGAUUUGUAUUCAUCUGUGUAUGCUGCCAGCCUUGGUCAGGUCGCUCUUGAAAAAGAGAUUUUUAAUCUUAAUAAGACAUACCUGGUUAAAUAAAUACUCAUUAAUCAAACGCAAAUUACUCACUGUUUCAGC